GCUCUGACUCGCCCGGAAGACUUUUAUUAGGGAACCUUCAGCGUUACCUCGGAUUCCUUGACGGAACGAUUUAGGUGUUACAUAAGGUCCAAAAGGCCUAAAUGAAAAUUUAGGAUGUACAUUUUACAUACACUUGGUGAGUGAAAAAAAUUGGAAGAAGAAGAAGAAGAAGAAGGAGGAGGAGAACGAAAGAAAGAUUAGCGAAGCCCCGUGAGGCGCGGCCGGGGUUUUGGUUGAGAGGAGAUGGCGGGGAAUUUCUGGCAGAGCUCGCACUAUUUACAGUGGAUCCUUGAUAAGCAAGAUGUAAUGAAGGAGCGACAGAAAGACUUGAAAUUCCUCACAGAAGAAGAAUAUUGGAAACUACAAAUAUUUUUUGCAAAUGUGAUUCAAGCUCUUGGCGAACACCUCAAAUUGAGGCAACAAGUUAUUGCAACCGCAACAGUCUAUUUCAAGAGAUUCUAUGCCAGAUACUCGCUGAAAAGUAUAGAUCCAGUACUGAUGGCUCCAACUUGUGUAUUUUUAGCAUCAAAAGUAGAGGAAUUUGGUGUUGUCUCAAACACACGUUUAAUUUCAGCUUCAACUUCCGUGUUAAAAACCAGGUUUUCUUAUGCAUUUCCUAAGGAAUUCCCUUACAGAAUGAACCAUAUAUUGGAAUGUGAAUUUUAUUUGUUAGAGUUAAUGGAUUGCUGUUUAAUAGUAUACCAUCCAUAUAGACCAUUGCUACAGUAUGUACAAGAUAUGGGACAAGAAGACAUGCUGCUGCCAUUAGCAUGGAGGAUAGUGAAUGACACCUACAGAACAGACCUAUGCCUCAUGUAUCCUCCGUUCAUGAUAGCCUUGGCCUGUUUGCAUGUAGCAUGUGUGGUCCAGCAAAAAGAUGCACGUCAGUGGUUUGCUGAACUCUCAGUGGAUAUGGAGAAGAUCCUGGAGAUAAUCAGAGUCAUUCUAAAGCUAUAUGAUCUUUGGAAGAAUUUUGAUGAUCGAAAAGAAAUGGCUGCAAUACUCAACAAGAUGCCAAAACCAAAACCACCUCCAAACAGUGAAGGAGAGCAGGGACCCAAUGGCAGUCAAAAUUCAACCUACAAUCAAUCCUAAUAAACUGGCAGUUUCGUGUACCAAAAACUGUGAAAUGGAAUGGAUUCGGACUGUCUGAUAGACAAGGAAAUUCCUUUCACUUCAUAAAGACAUUCUGCCAGUUAAGGUGGUGGAGAAGACGCUUGGGUGUGGUUUGAGAGGCUGGACAUGAAAUUAUUGUAAUUGUUCAAAGAAAACCUCUUGUUGGAAACCAAGAAAAUUACUCAGUUGCUGCUGCAGAAACACUCGAGUUUCAUUUAUGUUUGUGACUUUGUUGUGUUUCAAGGGGCGUUGCCCUACUCAAGCUGUGCUUUAGAACUGUGUACAAUAAAAUCUAUGCCAAAUUUUAAGAUUUGUGCAAAUUCCCUAUCAAUUGAGAAAAAUCCAUGGAAAAGUAACUGAACAACAGGGAAUGAUACAGUAGCUUAAUAUUUAUAAGCUCUUGAAGAUAAGACAGUAGCAUUACACCUUUAAAGAAAAUCAAACACUUUUUUGUUUGGUACUUGAGCUGUUGUAUGGAAUUAAUUUCCAUAAUUUUUGAAAUGCAACCUGAGGAGGUUUGGAAAGGCCUUAUUAACCAUAUAACCAAGUCAAAAUUAGACCUCCCAAUGUCACUUUCCAGAUAUAAUGCUAAGCAUUGAUCCUUCAGUUUUAAAACUGAAGUAAAAUUGUUGUUUUUCAUCUUGUUUCGUUAAAUAAAAUCUGAAACAUAUCAUUUCCAAAAUGGAACUUCAAAAUGAGUUAUUUCUGUCUUUAGUAGAUGUAGGGGCCUAUAAAUGGUCAGUCAAUUAUGGUCCUAUUUAGUAAGGUUAAACUUAUUUUGAUUGCUGUAUUUGUUCAAUAAACUCAAUUAGCUGGCAAUGUUUUAAAAACAACUAAAUGGACCCUUGCCACAGUGAGUUUACUGGUGGUUCUUCAACUGUAUUGUCAUCAGUAUUGCAUAAAUGUCUAUUUUCCAUUUAUCUAGCUGAAUUGUGACCCCCACACACUGUUUCCUUCUCUAUUCCUGCACCUUGGUUAUAACUUUCAAAAAUAAAUUUGCCAGCAUUUGUGGUGUCAAUUUUUAUUGAUUUAAUGGAAGUAUAAUUGAGAGAUUGCAGCUGUUAUUCCUACAGUGACUAGACUUCAGUAUUUGACUGACUGUAAAAUGCCUUUGGAUAUCCUGAGGUAAAAGGCACUAUAUAAUCCAAGUACUUUUUACCCAGUCUCAUACAGAAAAUGAUGCACAUUUGUGAAGAUAGACAUUAUAUUUUGAGCCAUCCAAAAACAUGAUUUUAACAUUUCUUUACAAAAUAUUACAGCAUUUUCUGGAAAUACAGUAGUUGAAGAAUCCUUCUAAUAGAACGUUACAUGAACAAAGUGAAAGUUUUACAAACAUUCUUAGCAAAAAUACAUCUGAAAAAUGAAUUGCGGUUGUGGAAAAAUCUGAUCAGGAUUAGGGAAUGUGGCAAAUAGAAUUUGUUGUAUUGAAUUACCUUCACAUACCCAAUUGCAAACCAAUAGUUGCAUUUGAUAUGUUUGAAAAUGUUUUAGACUGAAUUUUCAACCAAGCACAGAAUACAGUACAGUAUGGACUAUCAUACCUGCCAAAACCAGGAUAGCUGUGUAGUUUUCACUAUGGCACACUAGUGUUGCAAGGGUGGUGUUCUCAUUUAAUAGCUACCAGACUUGUUCUUAAAUAGAACCAUCUGUACUGGGUUAGUGGUCUAAUGAUACUUUCUAGCUAAUCACAGCUGGUUACAAAAUUCAAAGACUUGCCAUCAAGGGAAUCAAACAUACCAGGUGUCUGAGAACCAUCUUUACUAGAAUAGCUAUAAAUAAUGAAAAUCAAGCAUUCAAACCUACUUCUCCAAUACUGUAAAAGUUGGAGUUUUUUAAUACCUCUUUAGUUGAUGUUUACAAAAGAUGUAAAGAUUACAAAAUAAAACAACUUAAUCAUUUAA